AAUGGUCUUGUAGAGGCUUUAAUAAAACUUUAUGCGAUCUUCUAAAGAAAAUAGGCAAAAGUUCAAAGAAAGACUAACAUGGAAGAAUAGCCGGUCAUCACCAGCCAUAACCGAAGCCCCCAUCUGCAAAUUUGAAAUUUCUCCGGAUCUGCUGUCCUUCUGCCCCCCUGCCGCCGGUAUUGCUGGAGUGAAUACCAGUUUUUCCUGUGGUCCCGUGGAAGCCCCCUGCAAUUCUUCCCGUCGGCACCUCUUCAUCCCGCCAGCUCCAGCUUUGCUUGUUGAGCAUUUCUGGUAAGUUGGCUUCUUUAAUCUCUUGAAAUUGGUUGUUAAGUGCUGAUUUGAGUUUAAGUGGCUAGGCUAUAUGAAAUGGGCUUGAGUUGUCCGAGAGUUUUGUUGAAAUAGGGAGGAUUUCGGCAACUUGAAAAUGAGUUUUGGUUGAUGAAUUGUGUAGGAAAUUAGGGGGUUUUGGCUGUUGUGUGUGUGUAUCCAUGAGGAAAGGGGAGAACCCGUGAGUUGGCCAUUUUUGUCAAGGCCGGUUCUCCCAUUGCUUGUCCAUAGAUUUGAGAAAAAUGGUAUAUGGGUAAUUACAUAAUUGUAGAUAUAUAGAUAAAUACCCAAUCCCGGUUAAUGCUUGAUUUUCACAUAGAAAGCAAAAAUGAAAAUAAAUAAAGGAAUGAAAUUUCCUUAUAGAUAUUAACUCGAGAAUAUUGUGAAUAGGUCCUUGAUUGCCCUGUGAUCUUAGCACUUGGAUUAGGCCGUCUGUCUCGUGUAAUUAAGGUAAGUAAAUUAUGGUAAAGCCCGUAAAUUUUUAAAGCAUAUUUUAACUGUUUUCUGAGAUGGUGACGAGGUUUAAAUUGAUUUAUUCGCAUUUGAGCAUGAUUAAAAAGGGAAAUUAAACUUUUAUCAUUUUCCUUAUUUUCUAGAAUUAAGCAUGCCCACAUGAGAUCUUUUUGAUUUAUUCUUGAAAGUGAGAACGAUUGUGAAUUUCGGUUUUGUUUGUAAAGUUUGCUUGGUUUUGUCUCCAAUAUGGUCGUGUUAA